CUGAGUCACGUCACCCGGGGAUCAGAGGUCACUGACCUAUAGCGACCUCUCAUUCAUCCCCACUGGUCCCGCAUCUGGAGGCUCAGCCCCGCUGGGGACUGGGGACUGCUGCGCGUUUCUUGCUGGUGUCACGUUCGGGGCUGGGGAAGGGCAGGCUCCUGUGCCUAGCGAGGCACGAGAUGAACCUGGAGCUGGAGCUAAGAGGGAGGCCCCAUUUUACAGAUGAGGAAACUGAGGCCCAGGGCAGCUAAAAGACUUGCCCCCAGCGUCACGGAGGAAUAGCAGAGGAGGCAACAGUAUGUGGGAAAGCUCAAGUUUGCCUCCUUGGAAUGUGCCCCUGGAUCGAAGAAGAUGGUUGUGGCUACAGAAGAGAACGUGAUUGCAGCACUGAACUCCCGAACGGGCGCUAUCUUGUGGCGCCAUGUAGACAAGGGUACUCAAGAGGGAGCCGUUGAUGCCAUGCUUCUUCACGGGCAAGAUGCACUGACCGUAUCCAAUGGGGGCCGGAUCCUGCGUUCCUGGGAGACCAACAUCGGGGGCUUGAACUGGGAGAUGUCCUUGGAUUCUGGCAGUUUUCAGAUGGCUAGCUUGGUGGGCUUGCAAGAUGUGGUGAAGUAUGUGGCAGUGCUGAAGAGGACUACGCUCACUCUUCAUUACCUUUCCAAUGGACACCAGAAGUGGGCGGAACAGCUUCCGAAGAGUGAGAGCGUUCAGUAUCAGAUGAUGUAUUCAUAUGGCUCUGGAGUGUUGUGGGUCCUGGGGGUUGUUCCCAACAGUCACCUGAAUAUCGUGAGCUUUCAUGUGGAAGAUGGCGAGAUGGUUCAACAGGUCAGGGUUUCUGCGCCGUGGCUGAGGAGCUUAAGUGGGGCUUGUGCUGUGGUGGGCAAGGCUGUGCUGGUGUGCCCUGACCCAGGCACACGCUCCCUUUUCACUUUGGCCCUGGAGACAGAAGAGGAAAUGAAAAGAACACCACUGCAGGCCCUUGACCUUGAAUUUGGCCAAGGUUUCCAGCCCUGGAUCCUGCCCACCCAGCCCAGUCCCACGAGUGCCUCCAGGCCACAGUUCUUCUUACAGCUGGCCCCCAGCCAUUUUGCUCUGCUGCAGUACCGCCCGGAAGGCCUGAGUCUGCUCCGAAGCUUCCCACAGACUGCUCUGGUGAGCUUUGGUACCAGUGGGGAGAAGACAGUGGCUGCCGUGAUGACCUGCCGUACUGAAACUCAAAAAGGUGGGAGUGUUGAAGAGGCACCAAUGAAGAGCACUUCUGACAAGGCUAGCACACAGGGAAGGCGGGAUGGGGCGGCUGGUUCGGAGCCAUCAGGAGCUGCAGAGGCCCUUGUCUGUGCCAACCAAACUUACACCAUUAACCUGUACUUGGCGGAGACUGGAAGGCGGCUGCUUGACACCUCAAUCACCUUCAGCCUGGAGCAGAAUGGUACCCAGCCUGAGAGGUUGUAUAUCCAGGUCUUCCUGAAGAAGGAUGAUUCGGUGGGCUACCGGGCUCUGGUGCAAACAGAUGACCACUUACUGCUCUUUCUUCAGCAGCUGGCUGGAAAGAUGCUGCUCUGGAGCCGAGAGGAGUCACUGGCACAAGUAGUCAGCUUGGAGAUGGUGGACCUGCCCCUGACCGGGGCCCAGGCCGAGCUGGAAGGAGAGUUCGGCAAGAAGGCAGCCAUUCAAGAUGGCCUUCUGGGAAUGUUCUUGAAGCGCUUGUCCUCCCAGCUCAUCCUGCUGCAGGCCUGGACAGCCCACCUCUGGAAAAUGUUUUAUGAUGCCCGGAAGCCUCGAAGUCAGAUCAAGAACGAGAUCAAUAUUGACAACCUGGCUAGGGAUGAGUUCAAUCUCCAGAAGAUGGUGGUGAUGGUGACAGCCUCAGGCAAGCUCUUCGGCAUCGAGAGCAGCUCAGGCACCAUCCUAUGGAAGCAGUACUUGCCAAAUAUCAAUCCUGACUCCUCCUUCAAGCUCAUGGUGCAGAGAACCACAGCUCACUUUCCCCACCCUCCACAGUGCAUUCUGCUUGUGAAGGACAAGCCAACAGGAAGCAGUUCUCUGUAUGUCUUCAACCCCAUUUUUGGGAAGUGGAGCCAGGUGGCUCCUCCCGUGCUGAAGCGGCCCGUCUUGCAAGCCUUGCUUCUGCCUAUCAUGGACCAAGACUACGCCAAGGCAUUACUGCUGAUCGAUGAUGAGUAUAAGGUCACAGCUUUCCCGGCCAGCCGUAAUGUCCUGCGUCAGUUACAAGAGAUGGCGCCUUCCAUCUUCUUCUAUCUUGUAGAUUCGGAACGGGGCCGACUGUCUGGAUUCAGGCUGCGCAAGGAUUUGACAACAGAGCUAAGCUGGGAGCUGACCAUCCCACCAGAGGUACAGAGAAUAGUGAUGGUGAAGGGCAAGCGGACCAGCGAGCAUGUGCACUCCCAGGGCCGAGUGAUGGGCGACCGCAGUGUGCUCUACAAGAGCUUGAACCCCAAUCUGCUGGCUGUGGUGACAGAGAGCACAGACUUGCACCAUGAACGCACCUUUAUUGGUAUCUACCUCAUCGAUGGUGUCACAGGGCGCAUCAUCCAUUCCUCAGUACAGAAGAAAGCCAAAGGACCUGUCCAUCUUGUGCAUUCAGAAAACUGGGUGGUGUAUCAAUAUUGGAACACCAAGGCACGCCGCAAUGAGUUCACAGUGCUGGAGCUGUACGAAGGGACAGAGCAGUAUAAUGCCACGGCCUUCAGCUCCCUGGACCGCCCACAGCUGCCCCAGGUCCUCCAGCAAUCAUACAUCUUCCCCUCAUCCAUCAGUGCCAUGGAGGCCACAAUCACAGAGCGUGGUAUCACCAGUCGCCAUCUACUCAUUGGGCUACCCUCAGGAGCAAUACUGUCUCUCCCAAAAGCCCUGCUAGAUCCUCGCCGUCCUGAGAUCCCAACAGAACAAAGCAGGGAGGAGAAUUUGAUCCCAUAUUCUCCAGAUGUACAGAUCCACGCAGAGAGGUUCAUUAAUUACAAUCAGACUAUCUCCAGAAUGAGAGGCAUCUAUACCGCUCCUUCUGGCUUGGAGUCCACCUGUCUGGUUGUGGCAUAUGGACUAGACAUUUACCAAACCCGUGUCUACCCAUCCAAACAGUUCGAUGUCUUGAAAGAUGACUAUGACUACGUGUUGAUCAGCAGUGUCCUCUUUGGCUUGGUCUUUGCCACCAUGAUCACAAAGAGACUGGCCCAAGUGAAGCUUCUGAAUCGUGCUUGGCGGUAAAGAAAGACAUGUCGUGUCCUUAGAAAGAGCAUUGAGGAGGGGUGUCAUCGUCCAGGGAAAUGUGUAGGAAGCUCAGCUCAGCCCAGCCAGGAUUCUAUCCAAGGAGGUGGUGGAUUUCUGUGUCUUAGGAGACGUGACUUGGCAUCUCACAGUGGACUUGAGACUUACUACCUGUGCUACUGAACAGCUGGAAAAAUCUAUGUGGAUUUCCCUUCCAGCCCCACCCCCAACAGGCCCUAAACAGGGGUGUUUCCCUCACCCCCAUUGUUUCCAAACCCUUUGGGGUUUUUUCUCUUCUUCAUGGGAUUGGGGUGAGUAGGUGAAGAGUGGGAUUAGGGAAGGAAUGCUCUAAGGAUUAAUUUGUUUUUGAGUCAGGCUGGCCAGCAUGGUAGAUAGAAUACUGAAUUUGUCAAUUCACACCCACCCUCUGACACUUAUUUGCUUUGUGACCAUGGGUAAGUCACUUCACAUUUCUGAGCCUCAGUUUCCUAUCUGUAAAAUGGGGAUGAUUAUAAUACCUCUAGUACCUACCUCACAGGGUUGUUGUGAGGCUCAAAUAAGAUAAUAUAUGGAAAGUGCUUUGUAAACUUUAGACUACUAUGUAAAAUUCAUUUUUUAAUUAUUACCAGCUUGACACUCCACUCCCCUCCCCCUCCAAGCUCUCUUGACUUUUUCCACCUUAAAAGUUGAACUGACAUAUUUUAACUUCAGUUUUAAUACCAAACAUUGGCACUGAAGGUGCACAGUGAGGGUAGCUUAUAGACAUUGUUGAGGAACAAUUCUAAGUCUUGUCUUCCCUCCUAGCCGCCCAAAUUGGGGAAACAUCCACAGUAUAAACUUAACAAAGUUCCUGAUUUCUUUUUUU